AACAGUGAAGAAUACAGACUGCAAAAUGCCAUCAUCUAUUCAUAACACCCUUUUUAGACCUACAUUAUUUUCUCUCAGUGUGCAACCUGUGAGAAUGCAACUCAGUACACAAUCUCUACAGACAGAACCCUCAACCUUCAUUCCUGGUGAAGCUAAAACUGUCAAUAAACGCAGCAUACUUCCCUUUCAUUCCCGUUACAGCCGUAGUCUCAUGAUUAAACAUAUCUUUUUGAAAUAUUCAAGCGUGAUUCUCAAGCCCCCCUUCACUUCCUUUCCUCCGACAGGCGGGUCUUCCAGCAGCCCCCCCGGGAUCAACUGGAGUCAGUGGUGGACGUACGACGGAAUCUCCGGCCCUCGCUUCUGGGGCGUCAUCAACCCGGCCUGGGGGAUGUGCCGCGAAGGACGCCGUCAGUCCCCCAUCAACGUGGAUCCCAAGACGCUUCUCUUUGACCCGAAUCUCACUCCAUUUACAUUGGAUAAGGUCACGGUGGCGGGCGAACUCAUCAACACAGGACACAGCGUGGAGUGGAGGGCCGCCCGCGACUCCGUGAUGGUGAAUAUCACGGGCGGCCCCCUCAGCUACGUCUACACCGUCACCCACGCCCGCCUGCACUUCGGCGAGCGGGAUCAGCAGGGUUCUGAGCACCUGCUGGACAACAGAGCCUUCCCUGCGGAGUUGCAGCUGUAUGGAUAUAACUCACAGCUGUACAGGAACUUCAGCCAGGCUUCAGGGCAGGUGUAUGGAGUAGUGGGUAUUGCUCUGCUUGUUCAGCUUGGGGAACGCAUGACGCCAGAGUUCAGAGUGCUCCUAGAGGGCGUCGACUCCAUCACGUACGGAGGAUCGUCAGUAGCGGCCGCGUCCCUGGUGGUGAGCGGCCUCCUGCCUUCGACGGAACACUAUCUCACCUACGAAGGUUCCCUCACCGAGCCCGCCUGCCACGAGACAGUCACCUGGAUUAUCCCCAACAAGCCCCUCUAUAUCAACGUCGCCAUGAUGAGGCAACUGCGGGCGCUGAGACAAGGGAAUUCCACUUUAGCCAAUGCGCCCGUUGCUAAUAAUUUUCGACCCAUCCAGACAGCGCAUCACCGAACCAUACGGACCAAUAUUCACUUCACGCACGAUAAACAGGACGACCGCUGCAGAAUAACCAAUCCAACCAUCGUCUACAAAGUGACCCAUGGCUGCUAGAUGCUGUCGUCCAGCCUCGGCCAGAGCACCGUCCUCGUCCAGAUUUGUGCAACAGCAAAGUCAACUUCCACUCGAGAACCCACCAGAACCUUCGUCUACUCUCCCCCAUGAUCUUAUUGCUACCUUGUCUUUCCUCUUUCAUUGUCGAACAAAAGGAGAAAAAAAGAGCUGUUUCUUUUAUCAAGAGUAAAGAAGUCGGUGUUUUUGGAUUUUUUUACCUUCAUUGGAACUAGUCCGUCUUUCGAUAGUCGAUUUUUUUUAGUUUGGGAAGACUAUGAUUUAUAAAUUUAAAUUUUGUUUUACUCGAGUGUCGUUGUCUCACGACACUCGAAUAAGACUCGACAUGUUCUUAUUCUUCUCCCUCCUCACUUACAAAACGCAAAAAUAAAAUUCCAUCAAAAUGAACACCCUUCUUUCUCAUACUGAGGGGGUAGUGCGCAGCUCCUCACUUUUACGCCCCUUCCAAAGUUGAGAACCUGCGAACAAUGUCCCUAUUUACCACUCCUUAGACAAAAGUUCUUUCUCGAGGACGAAACAUACAACAUCCACUCUCUGCCACCCACUCUCGUACUCACUUCCCGCCCUCCCGUCAUGUACUCACACACACUUCCCAAAUACUUCAAGGAUAAUAACACCUCGACGCCAUGUUGAGUAGAUCUGUCAUCUCCCGGGUACACUACACUCUGUCCCCUUCGCUAUUCUCCCAUUUACCUCUGUCCAUCAUCUCCGCUUAGUUAUAUUUCCUGUGUAAUAUUGUGUAUUUCUUCUCCAUCAUUUGUAGAAGCGUUAAUGAAAUAAAUAAAAGAAUAGUAUCUAGGAGAAAUAAAGACAACUCACACCGGGCACCAGCCGAGAAUCUUAUCUUCCACACGGUGAUGAUAACAAGUAAGUGAAUACAUGAAAACCAUUUGGAUCAUUCAGACAAGGCGUAUUCCUUGUUAUACGAAUGAGCAUUUUCAAGAGAAUUAAAAAAAAA